GAUGUACCUGCAGAUAUGGUUGCAGAAGAAUCAGGUCCUGGUGCACAAAAUAGUCCAUACCAACUUCGUAGAAAAACUCUUCUGCCAAAAAGAACAGCGUGUCCUGCAAAAAACAGUAUGGAGGGUGCCUCAACUUCAACUACAGAAAAUUUUGGUCAUCGUGCAAAACGUGCAAGAGUAUCUGGAAAAUCACAAGAUCUAUCAGCAGCACCUGCUGAGCAAUACCUUCAGGAGAAACUGCCAGAUGAAGUAGUUCUAAAAAUCUUCUCUUACUUACUGGAACAGGAUCUUUGUAGAGCAGCUUGUGUGUGCAAGCGUUUCAGUGAGCUUGCUAAUGAUCCAAUUUUGUGGAAAAGAUUAUAUAUGGAAGUAUUUGAAUAUACUCGUCCUAUGAUGCAUCCUGAACCUGGCAAAUUCUAUCAGAUUAAUCCAGAAGAAUAUGAACAUCCUAAUCCUUGGAAAGAGAGCUUCCAGCAAUUGUAUAAAGGUGCACAUGUAAAGCCAGGAUUUGCUGAACACUUCUACAGUAACCCUGCAAGAUAUAAAGGAAGAGAAAAUAUGUUGUAUUAUGAUACAAUUGAAGAUGCCCUUGGUGGGGUACAAGAAGCUCAUUUUGAUGGACUUAUCUUUGUUCAUUCUGGAAUAUAUACUGAUGAAUGGAUUUAUAUUGAAUCUCCAAUCACCAUGAUUGGUGCAGCACCUGGAAAAGUAGCAGACAAAGUUAUAAUUGAAAACACUAGAGAUUCAACCUUCGUUUUCAUGGAAGGUUCUGAAGAUGCUUAUGUUGGAUAUAUGACAAUAAGGUUUAACCCUGAUGACAAAUCUGCUCAACACCACAACGCACACCACUGCUUAGAGAUUACAGUAAAUUGUAGCCCCAUUAUAGAUCAUUGUAUCAUCCGAAGUACAUGUACAGUUGGCUCUGCAGUAUGUGUUAGUGGUCAGGGAGCAUGUCCCACUAUCAAGCACUGUAACAUCAGCGACUGUGAAAAUGUUGGACUCUAUAUAACAGAUCAUGCACAGGGAAUAUACGAAGAUAAUGAAAUUUCCAAUAAUGCUCUGGCUGGGAUUUGGGUUAAAAAUCAUGGAAAUCCAAUUAUUAGACGGAAUCAUAUUCAUCAUGGUCGUGAUGUUGGUGUGUUCACAUUUGAUCAUGGCAUGGGUUACUUUGAAAGUUGCAACAUACACAGAAACAGGAUAGCAGGUUUUGAAGUAAAAGCAUAUGCUAAUCCCACAGUGGUUCGAUGUGAAAUCCAUCAUGGGCAAACUGGAGGAAUAUAUGUCCAUGAGAAAGGAAGAGGACAGUUCAUUGAGAAUAAAAUCUAUGCAAACAACUUUGCAGGUGUAUGGAUUACCUCAAAUAGUGACCCAACAAUAAGGGGAAAUUCUAUAUUUAAUGGAAAUCAAGGGGGAGUUUACAUCUUUGGUGAUGGAAGAGGCCUUAUUGAAGGAAAUGAUAUUUAUGGCAACGCAUUAGCAGGAAUUCAGAUUAGGACAAACAGUUGUCCAAUUGUUCGGCAUAACAAAAUUCAUGAUGGCCAGCAUGGUGGGAUUUAUGUGCAUGAGAAAGGACAAGGAGUAAUAGAAGAAAAUGAAGUUUAUAGUAAUACUCUGGCUGGGGUCUGGGUGACAACCGGCAGCACUCCAGUACUAAGAAGAAACAGGAUACACAGUGGCAAGCAGGUUGGUGUUUAUUUUUAUGACAAUGGACAUGGAGUGCUAGAGGAUAAUGAUAUCUAUAAUCAUAUGUAUUCUGGGGUUCAGAUAAGGACUGGAAGUAACCCCAAAAUUAGACGCAACAAAAUCUGGGGAGGACAGAAUGGUGGAAUCCUAGUUUAUAAUUCUGGUCUAGGCUGUAUAGAAGACAAUGAAAUAUUUGACAAUGCAAUGGCUGGAGUGUGGAUUAAGACAGACAGUAAUCCUACACUAAGAAGAAAUAAAAUCCAUGAUGGAAGAGAUGGUGGCAUCUGUAUAUUUAAUGGGGGUCGAGGUCUCCUUGAAGAAAAUGAUAUUUUCAGGAAUGCUCAAGCAGGUGUUCUCAUCAGUACUAAUAGUCAUCCAGUCUUAAGAAAAAACAGAAUAUUUGAUGGAUUUGCUGCAGGUAUUGAAAUUACAAAUCAUGCAACUGCAACACUAGAAGGCAAUCAGAUUUUUAACAACCGGUUUGGAGGCUUAUUCUUAGCAUCUGGUGUUAAUGUGACAAUGAAAGAUAACAAAAUAAUGAACAAUCAAGAUGCCAUAGAAAAGGCUGUUAGCAGAGGCCAGUGUUUAUAUAAAAUAUCAAGUUAUACCAGCUAUCCCAUGCAUGAUUUCUACAGAUGUCACACUUGUAACACCACAGAUCGAAACGCCAUAUGUGUGAACUGCAUUAAGAAGUGCCAUCAGGGACAUGAUGUAGAAUUUAUUAGACAUGAUAGGUUUUUCUGUGACUGUGGUGCUGGAACACUGUCUAAUCCUUGUACAUUAGCUGGUGAGCCUACACAUGAUACAGAUACACUAUAUGACUCUGCUCCACCUAUAGAAUCUAAUACAUUGCAGCACAACUGAAUUCCUUCCCUAAAGAAAAAAUCCUGCCAUUCUAACAUCAUAACUUAAAAACCUUUUUUUUUUUGGAAGAAGAUUUAAAAUAUUUGCCCAUGCUACAGGAAGAGACUGUAUUAAAAAUGGAUACAAGAGGUCAGUUGACACUAUGAAGCUCAAGCUACCAAAAAGAAAGUGGCAAUAUAUUGACUCAGGAUCUCAAAGCUGGGUGUUUUAGCAUUACUGUGUAAAGACUUUUGAAGGGACAAAAGUGAAGAAAAUAAGCUGCAAUUUUGUACAGAUACCAACUUCUGAAAAAAAGCUGGUGUUUUUACAACUAGCAUUGAAUGCAGUCCAAUUUGCAGUAGUACUCUUCAUUAGACAAGCAGCUUUGUUGCUGCCUUUAUGGACAUGGGUACCAAUUGCUUUUGUAAUAUGGUAAAAAUGUGAGCUAGCACUUCUGCGUUUCUUUUGAUUUUUUUUAACAUGUAUUCAGAUUGAGAAAUAUGAUUUUAAUGCUUUAAUCUCAUGUAGUUUGUUUUUAAUUUCAAGCAAAAUCUUAUUGUACUUGAAUGUGCCCUGUUUUGUUAGCACACCUAGACUUGCUGUAACUGUACUCAUGUCCCAGUAUGUACGUUCUUUCUAUGAAAGAGAAAACACUAAUCUUAAAUUAUAUCCAGCAAUGUUUCUGGUAUCCUUUAAGAAAAGUUAAGACUAUUAUUUCCUUCCCUUCCCUGUGCAGCAUUCAAAACCACCCCUAGAAAAAGUGAGUGUUUUAAUGAGACUUCCUAGGAAGGGAUGCACUGUAAAACAAAAGUAUUCUUGUAACUCAGUUUUGUGAAAGGUAAAAACUACUAUGUUUUAAAGUACACUUUAGAAAGUCUCUUCAAAACAGUCCUGUAUUUGAACUCUGUUCAUAGUUUUUUUUUGAACAGUUUAGACAAACUGCUGGAAAUUAAAACAAUUUCCUGCAUUAAGCUGAGACAAGUAUAUAUACAGCCCCAUACAGUUUCAUAGAUCUUUUCCCCCUCCCCCCAUUUAUGUGUAUUGGUGACAGUGGGUAUAAACAGCCUGAAAGUGUAUGCAUGUACCAUAACAUCUAGACUUAAUAUAUUGUGGAGUAUUCAAUAACCAUUAUGUAGAAGGUAGGUAAGAAUUAAAAGGGUUUAAUUUCCUAGAAAGAAAAUGGAAAAAUGGUCAUUUUUAAAAAAUAAAGUUUAUUAGAUCAUAA